UGGCUGCGCAUGGAUCAGGCUACAGUCAGAAUGUUGCACGCGCUUUACACUGGACAUUACUGCGCAUAUGGUGCCUCAGAAACUGCGCUGUUUUUGUAGCUUAUAGAAAAGCACCUGAUCUUCAAAAUGAUUUUUCUUAGCAAGUUUGUGAAGGUUGUACUGUGCUGGAAUGUAUUCUACGUACACGCUUAUUCACUGGUCCACCCAGAGGUCGGCCUCACAGCACAGGAGCAGAUGUAUCUACUGUAUGAUGUCAAAGUUGAGUGUCAUCAAAACAUCUCUACACACAACCCUGCUGAUGACCUUUGUCCCCCUGGCUGGGAUGGUCUAAUCUGUUGGCCACAGGGAUCACCUGGAGUGCUCACCAAGGUCCCCUGCCCCCUCUACAUCUAUGACUUCAACCAUCAAGGUCAUGCGUACAGGAAGUGUGACAUGAACGGUUCCUGGGUUUCUGUGGAGGGGUUUAACCGAACGUGGGCCAAUUACUCAGACUGCUUGAGAUUCCUCCUACCUGGUCAAGAGGAGGAAAAACAGGAAUUCUUCGACCGGCUGUAUGUCAUAUACGCCGUUGGAUAUGCCCUGUCCUUCAUAUCUCUUCUUGGUGCCAUUAUCAUCAUUGUAUACUUCAGACGCCUUCACUGCACUAGGAACUACAUCCACAUGCACCUGUUUGUGUCCUUCAUGCUGCGGGCUGUCAGCAUCUUCGUCACGGACAAGGUGGUCCACACAAAUGUCAGUUUGCAGGAGUUCGACACAGCACUCAUGGACAACUACAAGACCAUCUCUGCCAUGCCCCUUGACAACUUCCAGUUUGUAGGAUGCAAGAUCACUGUGCUGCUCUUUAUUUACUUCCUGGCAACCAACUACUACUGGAUCCUAGUGGAGGGAUUGUACCUCCACAGCCUCAUCUUCAUGGCCUUCUACUCUGACGCCAAAUACCUGUGGGGCUUCACUCUAAUUGGAUGGGGUGUCCCUGCUCUCUUUGUUGCUACCUGGGCUGUUGUCCGGGCAACCCUGGCUGAUGCACGAUGCUGGGAGUUAAGUGCGGGUAACAUUAAAUGGAUCUAUCAAGUUCCCAUUCUUAUAGCCAUUGGUCUCAACUUUAUCUUCUUUGUGAAUAUUGUGCGAGUGCUGGCCACAAAAUUGAGAGAGACAAAUGCUGGAAGAUAUGACUCUCGGAAGCAAUGCAGGAAACUGGCUAAGUCCACUCUAGUGCUGGUGCUGGUAUUUGGAGUCCACUACAUUGUUUUUGUCGGCAUGCCACACUCAUUGAAAGGGGUCGGAUGGGAGGUCCGAAUGUACUGUGAGCUCUUUCUCAACUCUUUCCAGGGUUUCUUUGUCUCCAUUAUCUACUGCUACUGCAAUGGAGAGGUCCAAGCAGAGAUCAAAAAGACCUGGACACGCUGGAACCUAGUGUUUGACUGGAAGGGCCCGGUGCCAUGUGCCAACUACCGUUUCAGCUCGAUGCUCACAAACCUCCACCAGAGCACCAGCAGCCAGCCACAACCACUGGUUGUGGUUUCGGGCACUUCUGCGCUCUUCUCCAGCCGCAUGUACCGCAGCAGCCAAGCCAGGCCCACCGAUAACCGAAACCACACAAACCUGCCCGGCUAUGUGUUGAGCAACUCUGAGUUGGACAGCCUGCCCCCAUCCAUCCCAGAGGAGCCCGACGAGAAAGCAAAGCAAGUGGACGACAUAUCCCUCAGAGAGUCCUUAACUGCGGUGAACACCACCAGUUUAUGUAAGGACGUGGAGGAUGCACUGUACGGAAAAAUGUAACUGGGAAAAGGAUUAAAAUGAUUUUUUU